CUCUCUCUCUCUCUCUCUUUUUGUUAAGUCAGGAAAUUAUUUGCAUGCAAUCCACAUGAGCAUACAAGAGCAGUUUAGGAGAUGUCUGUGUGCUGAAGGGCUGGUCUCCUGAUGAUGUGGUAUAGGAAACAAAAAUCCCUUUAAAGGAUGGCUAUCCGAGAGCUGAAAGUUUGCCUUUUGGGGGAUACUGGGGUUGGCAAGUCAAGCAUUGUUUGCAGAUUUGUUCAAGACCAUUUUGACCAUAAUAUCAGCCCCACUAUUGGCGCGUCUUUUAUGACUAAAACCGUACCUUGUGGGAAUGAGCUGCAUAAAUUUCUGAUAUGGGAUACUGCUGGUCAGGAACGAUUCCAUUCACUGGCACCAAUGUACUACCGAGGCUCAGCUGCUGCUGUUAUUGUAUAUGAUAUUACAAAGCAGGACUCGUUCCAUACACUGAAGAAAUGGGUGAAGGAGCUGAAAGAACACGGUCCAGAGAACAUUGUCAUGGCUAUCGCCGGAAACAAAUGUGAUCUCUCUGACAUCAGGGAAGUAUCAAUGAAAGAUGCCAAGGAAUAUGCAGAUUCCAUUGAGGCAAUUGUUGUUGAAACUAGUGCAAAGAAUGCCAUCAAUGUUGAGGAACUCUUCCGUGGUAUAAGUCGGAGAAUCCCUCCACUGGAUCCACAUCAGAACGGCUCUAAUGGAGCGAUGAAACUUGGAAGACAGACCACACAGACCACAAACAGAUGCUGUUGAUCUCGUUAGCCAUGAUGUUCACAUAAUGAGAUGGUUUACCAACAACAAGCAGUACCUUGAAACAAACUAAGGAGCACAUGUAAAACAACAAAAGCAUGCCGAGUUUUAAAUCCUUUAGCAUGCAGUUCAAAAUAUUCCUCAUUGUUUACAAUUGUUUUUUGCUCAUGAUGUUUGCUUAUUUGGAAGCAAUUACUGUACUGCAUUUUUUGAAAUUUUAUCAGAGGCCUUGGAAUUGUCAGUUUUUUUUACAGUGUAAUUCAAGUUUUUUCUAAUCAAAAGCCUAGUAAUCGAGUUACAGUAUAUUUUGCACAUUACACUAAAACUCAAAUGUAUUUCUAUACUCGAUUUCAUGAGCUGACAUGGAAACUAAGUGGGACGUAAAUAGGGCUCACUAACCAAAAUACCUAUUAGCGGGACUUCAGGUACAAGGACCCUAGAAAGUCAUGACAGAUCCAUUUAUCCUAUAUACAUACUCCUUUUAUACAUUUCGGUGUUUACUAAGUUUUGCCAUG